UUUAUGUUUAUACUACCGAUACAAAAAGAUAUGGUUCCCACUUCCCAUCUGCACCGAUGACCGACACCGUACCUUGAGAAGGAAAAAUUGAUUGGGGCAAUGGCUUGAUCCUUGUUCUUUUUCUGGGCUUGCAAGUGCCACCUUCACUCUCAUUCCAAGUACAAUCCAUCGGCUUUUGCUCCCUCCUCCUCGGUGUGAUUAUAUCAUUUGAAAAUUCAAGAACCAAACGCUUUCUGCCUCUCUUCCAACAAUGCCAGCAGGCCUUCUAUCGGGCAUUUUUUCUUCAUCGAACCCUUCCAUAUUAAUCCCUCCUUUCCCUUUCCAGUUUUGCACUGGAGACGUUGAUUCCUAUAGGUAACUUACCUUUUUUGAACAUGACUGAUGAUGCUUUGUAGCUCCAAUAGUCAUUGCAGGAAAGCAGUGUUCUUGAUAUUCCGAUGACUUAAAUUCAGGUACAAAAUCCUACAUUAGUUGAUUAUCUGAAAUGGGUAUGAUUAUUUUUCUUAAUUGGUUCAGUACAUUUAUGUUAUUGUUUUCGUUGGUUGAAUUGUUAUAGCAUUAAACAUGUGAAUGUUUUCAAUUCAUGAUAAAUGGGCUUCAAGGCUAUGAAAGCAAUUGUACUAACUGUGAAAGGUUCUGGUGUAGCCCCUUAUCAAUAUUCACGAGGGUUUAUUUGGAUUUUAUGGUUUAAUGUAUUAGAGCAUAAGAAGUUCAUUAUUGCACACUGCUGUUGCUAACCAGAUUAUAUACUUCUUUGAAACCUAUUUGAAGUUGUUCUUCCCAGUUCCCAUGUUAAGAUAUGUUUUAAAUUAGAUAAUUUGAAUGCAUGUUCGUUUUGCUUCUAACCUGUAAAACAGUUGGUAGGGCGUGACUUGCAGAUCUUCUCAGCAGAAUAUCUUAUGUUAUCAAUUGCAUGUUCAAAGCAAUAAUAUUUGUGGUUAUGUACGACAUUGUCCUUAUUCAAUCCUUUACUAGAUGGCUAGCUUCAUACUCUAUAGUUUCUUUCAAUCUCUUCUUCAUUUGAUUAUUUUCUGCUUCUAUUUGGCUGAAGCUUUGUAUUUCUGAUUAUCAAGUUCAGAUUUAGGUGAGUGUUGUAUGGACACGUGAAAGGAAAAUACCGAUGCAGUUGCUAUGGUUGACGUGGCAACAGCUGCUGCUGCACUCGUAAUGGACCUGUUUUCUAUUAAAUAGGUUGUUUGUGUUUUCUGACAUACCAAACUAACUAACAACUUUCUUUCUUAGGCCUUUUGGUGUUUUUCUUUUAAACUUUUAAGACUUGCGAUAGCUACUUCUGUGAUCGAAAUAGAUGAUGCCUUGGCUUUUUCUAGCAUUGUUUGCCAAACAAGCAGAAAAUUUUAUUAAUCAAAAUAAACUCUUGAGAGACAUCAUUCCUGCUAGUGAAGCAUGGAAUGUGACAAUUAUCUCCAAUGUCAUGGGACUUUCUGGGAGAUAUUUCACAAAGUUUUGUAUUGCAAUAAGCCCUUUCAAGCAUCUUAUUAGCUCUAGGCUAGCACUAGCCAUGUUUAAAUGUGGGUUGAAGUUUAAGUUCAAUUCCAAAAUACUAUUAACAGUUUUCAUUACGAUGCCAUGUCAUUCAUCAAUGAAUAACAUAAGGCAACAUGAUAUUCUGUCUGUCGAGGAACAAGAAUGAUGUGAUGAGGUGCUUUUGGCUUCCUUAAAAGUUCCUUUCAUUCUUUUUCUCACUAACUUCUGCCCAGUUGCGUAUGGAAACAGUGGAAACGAAAUGGAAAGGAAAAUACAGGUUUUUUUGUCUCUCUUUUGCUUAUUGUAUUCUAUCACUUUUCAUUUCUAUCUAUUUCCUAGAAAGAAUUGUCCUAAGGAAAUAUGUUUGUUAUUAUUACUAUUAUUAAUGCUCAGAGCCACACAUUCAUAUAUCUCUAACUUGGCUCUUCAAUUAAUUAUUAGCUUCUUAUUGCAGUUUUUUAUGUUGUUACUAGUUUUAUUUGAGAUUAGUUUUAUUGUUGUUGUUCUUGUUGAUAAUGAUGAUGUUAAGGAUUUGUUGGGAUCCUGUAAUCUUUGCUUCCUUGUCUAGCUGCAGUAGUAACAAUGUAUACUUAAAAAGGAAAAAUAAAUAAAUCUAUUUACAGCCAUAUUUCUUAUGAGCUAUCAUUGGUACAAUGAUGUAAUCUGUUGUUACUUUGAGCAGUUCACUUUGCAUUACGUGUUUUCUGACAUGUGUAAUAGUUGAAGUAAACGCUUGUAUCCUUUCUGUUCUCUUGAAUUACGUUUCUGAUGGUGAUAAUAGAACUAGUUUCUCGGUCUGGAUGAGAAAUUUUUGUGCUGGUAUUUUUUUUUCUUUUGAUCACUAGCUUGUAUAUUCUCAUCAAUGUGUCUUUGAUUUAGUUGGUCUGCUUUUAUCAAUUUAAGUCUAGUAGAUCAAAAUCGUAUCAAUUACUGAGUGUUUGAAACUUAACAAUUCAUUUCUUAAUAGGUAAUUCCAUUUUUUUCUAUCAGUGGUUGUAUUAUUCUGCUUAUGCCAAAAGCAAAGAGUUAUUGGAAAGAAGAGUCCAAAGGCUUUAAGGAGGACUCAAAUAGAGGACUAACUGAUCUAUCUUAGGAAGAGCCCCUGGUGUCAACCAACUGUUCAAGGCCUUUGUUUUCUCUUUUAAAUCUUGAUAAUCCCUUAUGUGACUUGUUCACAAGUGUCCUGCUGUGAUCAGGUUGUCCUUGUGUGUUAUGAAUUCUCUUGUUCUAUUGUUGAAUUGCUCUUAGGUUGAUAAUAUUUCUUAUCUGGCUGGAUAAUCUGUUGUCUAUUUUGUAAUGGCUGUAAAUGGAGUCAUCUGUUUUUUCCACGCUUGUAGACGGGAUACUCAAUUUGCCUUUUGAAAUUUAAAGAUGGCAGUUAUUUCAGUGGUCCAUUUGUUUUCGCCAUAUGUCAGUAUCCCGUUGAACUUCUCUUUCAUCUUAGCAAACACGGUGCGUUUCAGAUUUCGAUUCAUAGAACACGUGGAGAGAAUGGGAACAGGUGGCUUUAAAAAAACAAGGGGGAAUUCUUUUAAGCACUCUUGAGAGAUCAUCAUUUUCCCUAUGGCAGACAAGGAUUACUCAGGGCCAAUUCCUGAUCGCUGGAUGUUGGUUGUCAAAAAGCAGAAGGAUGGAUCUAGUCUUUCGUACUACAUAUGUCCAGAGAGUGGGCAAAAGUUUUACUCCUAUGAAGAUCUCAUGCGAUAUGUGAACUAUGCACAAACUGCUAAGCUUUCCAUCUACGCUGCUGAUUUCUGUCCUGGGAAACCUUCCCGCAGGUCGAAGAAAAGAGCUAGCUGGCCAGAACCAAGUGAGAAAAGCUCGGAUUCGGAUGACUCAACAUUCGAAUUGCCUGAUAUUGCUCCACUCGACCUUCUGGAUGAGAUGAGUCCAGCUGAGUCCGAGAAGCAAUCUGCCUCCAUCAAAAUGAAGCUGGAGAGGAAGGCAGCUCCGAACGAGGAUUGCAGCGGUAGCAUGGGAAAGGCCAAGAAACAGAAGAAGUAAGCAACUUGAAGAUGGUGCAGGUGAAGGUUUGAUCGGCAAGUUCGUGUUGUGUGUUUGUUUAGUAUAAUGAAUAAAUGAGGCAAAACAAAACCAAGUAAAACUAAGGUUUG